AUGAAAUUUAUCAUCGAACUUUGUGCACAACACAAUGAUCUUGUACGAGCUCGUUUUGAAUCCCGUCACUGUAACAACAAAAAUCACAUCGCUACCGUACAAUUCAAGCUCUAUACGGAGUCACCAAUUUCUGGCUGGUAUUGUACCUGUACAUCAGGGUGGCAUGAUAUGGAAUGCUGCGCUCACGUGGCAGCUUUGCUAUGGCAUCUUGGUGUUCGACGAGCAAACAUCAAAGAAAACACUCACCCGCUUUCAGCUGGUCACCUUUUUGCUUCGAUAGACGAUAGUAUCCAAUUUUCAGAAGUAGAGGAAAGCGACGAAGAACAGGACGAUAACGAUAACGAUAAUCAUGUACAUAAUGUUGCUAGCAACAGUACCAAUAGUGAUGAUAGCACUAGCGAUGAAGAAGUCGCUGAUUGA